AUGGGUCUCACUGCCCAACUGAUUCCAACUCUGAUCUGUUUAUUAGUAUGUACCAGCAAUUUCGUCCUCGGACACAAAUUUGAUCUUACCCUAAAAGAGAUCAUCAAAGCGCUGAACAUCCUCACAGAGAGAAAGGAUGCAUGCAUGGAGCUCACCGUAGCAGAUGUCUUUGCCACCUCAAAGAACACAACUGAGAAGGAAAUCUUCUGCAGGGCCACAAUUGUGCUUCGGCAGUUCUACAGACACCACAAGUGCUUACCCAAACUUGUGAAAGGACUCAGCAGAAACAUCAGCAGCAUGGCAAACAUGCCCUACUGCCCUGUGAAUGAAGCCAAGAAGAAUACGUUGAAAGACUUCUUGGAAAGGCUAAAGACGAUCAUGCAAGAGAAAUACUCAAAGAGUUGA